UACAUUUAUAUAUGUGCACUAUGUAACAGAUCUGUCAAAAAAUAGUUAUAUAUUUCUUUAAAUUGAUAAAUUUAAUAAAAAAGAUGUCUGUUAAACAAAGUGCUGAAAAAGCAUUGUCGAUGCUUAGGAAUUUACCUCGAGUGUCUUUAGCAAAUUUAAGAGAUAAUCCUGGAACCAGAAGACAGAAACGACGUGGUCGCGCUCAACACGGUGGUGACAAGCAUGGAGCAGGAAAUAAAGGUUCCGGCCAGCACCAGAAUUACAUGAGAUUAGGUUAUGAAACUGGAAACAAUCCAUUCUAUUUAAGAGUAUCACAGGAACCAUACUAUCGGGGACACCAUCUUCGCCGGCAAUAUCCUCCUCUCUCGCUGCUGCAACUACAAACGAUGAUUGAUACAAAUCGUAUAGACACAAGUAAACCCAUUGACUUAGCUGCAUUAAUUAGAACAGGAUUAUAUCAUAUUGCUCCUUCUGAUAAUCAUUUUGGAGUAAAUUUAACUGAUGAAGGUGCUGAUCUAUUUAAAUGUAAAAUAAAUAUUGAAGUACAGUGGGCUACUGAAAAUGUCAUUGCUGCAAUUGAGCGUAAUGGAGGUGUGAUCACAACUGCUUAUUUUGAUCCCCAUUGCUUAUAUUCUAUAAUGAACCCUGAAAAGUUUUUCAAGAAAGGUGUUCCAAUACCUAAAAGAAUGCUGCCACCUCAGAAUGCAAUAGAUUUCUAUACAUCUGCCAAAAAUCGUGGUUACUUGGCAGAUCCUGAUGAAAUAAGUAAAGAGAGGUUAGUGUUAGCCCAAAAGUAUGGAUAUACUCUUCCAAAAAUAGAAGAUGAUCCUGAAUAUGAAAUGUUGACUAUGAGAAAAGAUCCUAGACAGAUUUUCUAUGGGUUGCAUCCUGGUUGGGUGAUAAAUUUACAAGAUAAAUGUAUCUUAAAACCUAAAGAUGAAUAUUUGGAAGAAUAUUAUAAAUCUUAAACUUGUAAUGUGGAUAGUUAGUAAUAUAUUAUAGUUAAUUACUUUAGUUA